AUGGUCGCCUUGAUCGCGACAACGGCGCAUCCAACUUAUGCCGAUGUUUGCACUUACUCGGGAAGCGGCGCGUGGACGGUUGUCUCCAAUUGGUCACCGCACCAACCCACUGCAACCGACUCGGUCGUCGUCGCCGCUUCGGCCAUCCUGUCCGUGUCCAGCUCAACCACAGUCGCCUCCAUGACGCUAUCCCCAAACUCUGUGUUUUCAAUCACCGGCGGCACCUUUGCGGUGGGCGCCUUCACCUCCAGUCCUACUUCCAAGCUUGUCCUCACCGCCGGCACCUUCUCAUACUCGUCGGUCGUGCUGCAGGGCUCUGUCGCUGCUGCACCGUUUACCGCAUCCGGCAAGGUGACCAUCCAACUUGGCGGCGGUAUUGGCGUGGCGUCCACCGCCGUGACGAUUGCCAGUGCGGAUGUCACCUGGGUGAGCACGAGCAAUUAUUAUCCGAGCCUCACCUCCUCCAGCACCUUGACAUUUGCCACUGGAAGCGUGGUGGCCGUCUCGGCUCAGUCUGCCAACACCAACGGUUUGGUCUUUGGCGACACGACCAGCCGCGUGUACAACUAUGGCCAAAUCACCAUUACCAGCUCGGUCUGUCAGGCCCUUGUCUCGUUCAAGGCGCAAGUCUUCAACUAUGGCUCGAUCAUUUAUGCCGACUCUUCCAACUGCGCGCUGCCCUACCGCGUCGAUUACGCUUCGGGUCUCUCCAACUAUGGCUUGAUCAAGGUGGAUGAUGGCGUGCAGUGGGCCGUCUGGACACUCCAGAGCAGUUUCUUGAACGCUCCCAACGCCACCCUUGCCCCAGGAUUGAAAGUCACCUCCAUCACGAGCUCUGGGCAGUCGUUCCGGUUGUUUGGAACCUUUGCGCCAGGCACAACGGCCAUCAGCAAUCUCGUCAUUUCGGCCGCGUCGGCUCAGCUCUACCCAUCGCGUUUGGGUGUUGUCGCUCUCAUUGCCAAUCUCGGUGGCAACAAUGCCCUCACCCUGGGCCCGUGCACGGGUGAUCCAGCCAUCGUUCCCGCCACCGACUCGCAGGAGGCAUUUGCCUUGGCCUAUGCGUGCUACGCGACACUCACCUCCAUUUCCGUGCGCUCUGGUAUCUUCCCGCUCUUCAAGUACUUUACGACGGCAUUCACCCCGUCCAUCUCUGUCAGCUCCACGGGUAAUCUGCAGCUUCAGGACGCCACAGUGAACAUGCUGUCCACCUUCUUCGCCAGCAGUGGCACGAUUUCCUGCGCCUCGGCUAUUACACCUCCCUGCAACUUGAACUUUCAAGCGAGCACCAACUUGACGCUUCUUGGCACCUUUACCACCAACUCUGCCGUCCUCACGUUUGCGUCAACGACCACACUCAACCUGCCCGGCAGCAUGUACAUUUACACGUCGACUGCCUCCUCGAAAGUGGUGCUUGCAAGCUCAACGACCUUGACCAAGAACUCCAAUCAAAGCCCCUUCUCUGGCAUCGGCACUGUUGCCAACUCGGGCAACUUGCAGGUGGUGCUUGCCGAUCCUGCUGCCGGCUUCCGUCCAGCCAUUGCGUUUUCCAACACUGGCUCCGUCACCGUCUCUGUCGCUCCGGGUAUCACUGCCAGCAGCACUCUGGACAUUGUCUUUUCGGACAGCUUUUCCAACUCUGGCGGGUUUUACUUUGCCGACAGUUCGAACGCCGGAAUCCCGCUCCGAAGCAUCCAAUUUCAGUCGGGCUACAGCUCCACUGCAACGAGCAUCAUCUCGGCAAAUGUAAGCUCAGUGUCCAUGAACUUUGCUGCGGCCGCCUGGGUCAAUGGCACAUUCUUUGGCACGGCCCUGCACGCGCCGACCGGGCUUGUCGCAACGUCGGUCGUACCGUUGCUGACCGUGACGGGCGGCGCCGCAGCGGCACAAUUUGGCCCAGCUUCAAUGAAUGUGGCCGAGCUUGUGGUGUCCGGCGGCAACAUUGUGCUUGCGUCCUGCGAUGGCGACCCUCUCUUCCCUUGCAUGACGUCGAUUCGUCGAAUUGGAGUGACGGGCACCAGCGGCAGCUGCCAGCUGACCGUGGCAAACACCGCGAUGGCCAUUGCCCUCCAGCCCGACGUCUGGACGCUGGGUGGAGCGUGUCAGCUCACCUUCCCUGGCUCAUACCAAGUCGAUGGCGGCAUGUUCAUCACAGGCGGCAGAGUCGGCUGUGUUUCAGGCGGAGACUGCAGCGCCCUCGACGUCAUGUCCAAUUCGAGCAUGCAACUCGUCAACUCGUUCACCGUGUACGGCUCUACUCUGAAAUUCCGAGCGCCCUUGUUCAUCGACUUUAGCGGCACCAACUACGUGUACCUGAUUGGGCUCGUCGCGAGCAGCCAGCUGCAUUUUUACUCCAACACUAGCAUUUCCGUUGCGCGCACGGUGACCACUCGUGCCGUCUUUUCGUCGUCCGCAACUCAGCUCAUCAACUACGGCACCAUGACUGUGCAGUUUGUCGGCUGUCCUUCGGGUCUGUACAUGUCGGCGCCCUUUGUCAACAAUGGCAUCGUUCGAUUGUUGGGUACGGGUGCCAGCGCGCCCUGCGCCACCAACCAGCUCUACUUGCCCGAUUAUUCGUUUUCCAAUUUUGGCACCUUGUUCUAUGAUGCCUCGACAAAUAACGGACUGACCCUCGGCAUGACCUUCUACUCGCUCGCGACAGAUUCCAGCAGCGUCAUGGCAGGGCGAGUCGGAACGCUCACCAUCUCGAGUUCGACGCCAUCGGCCAUUCGAGGUGCAUUUUUCGGAACAACAACGAGCGACGUGUCGGGCCCGCUGCCUUACAUUUCGUCGCUUCAACAGCUGCAACUCCAGGCGCCAGUGUCACUCGCCCCGACGACCAUGAAUGCCGUUGCGGUCACAGUGUCGAGUUCCGUGACCCAGUUAAACCCUUGCGGCGCUGAUCCAUCAGACUUUUCUUGCUACGCUUCCAUCGCCACUGUCGGCUUGACUGGUACCGGGUCGGGGUGCAUGCUGAAUGUUUCCUCGACCCUCGCUGCUGCAUCCCUUCAGCCCGCCAAUUGGCUCCUCGGGGGCUCCUGCACGUUGAACAUUCCCGGCAAUUACACUAUGGCAGGCAGCCUGUUCCUCAAUGGCGGCUUCUUGAAGUGCACUUCUGCCAAUGCGUCGUGCAUUGUGGACGUUUUGAGCAACAGCACCGUUGGCGACACGACCACGUUCCAGGUCGUACAAAGCAUUCUUCGCUUCCGCAACACCGUCCAGUGGAUGGCGUCGAGCACAAAUUCCUACGCGUAUCUGCUUGGCAGCAGCAGUGGCGGCUUUACUGCGUCUCUCGAGUUUUACGGUGCCACCACCGUCGUCGUGUCAAGACUUGUCAAUAGCCGUCUCGUCUAUUCCGCUUACAGCGCCAGUUUGCUCAACGCCGGUGACAUGACAGUGCUUUUGCAAACUUGCCCGUCAGGCCUGAACGUGCAGGUACCCUUUGUCAAUACCGGCUCGAUUCGCGUCAUGUCGGCUGUCGCAGGUGGAUGCACUUCCCAUUCGCUCGUGUUGGAUGGCUAUCAGUUUACCAACGACGAUGACGGGUUGCUGUUCCUGGACGACAGCACCAACGCCAACAAUCCAUUCGACCUCACCUUUGCGGGUGGUGUUAUCAACACGGCUGGGAGCGCCAUGUUUGGCCGUGUCGGAUUGCUGACCAUUUCGGGUCUGUCGUCCUCGAUUGAAGGGCACUUUUUUGGCUCCAGCCUAUCCACGCCGCUCACCACGCUGCCGUAUACCGAGCAUGAUACUCUGACAAGCUCGAUUGCCAUCUCGUUCGCCCCUACAAGCAUGCAAGUUGUAAAGUUGGUCGUUUCCGCCAGUGCCACCACGCUCCGUGAUUGCGGUGGCGUUGCCGGUGCGUCCAGCUGCUACGCGUCCAUCCAGCAGGUGAUUUUGUACGGCUCAACCACGUGCAGCCUCACAGUUGCAAGCAAUGCCACGAGUACCGGGCUCCAGCCUGCUUUCUGGAGCAUUGGAGGCUCCUGCACUCUAAACCUCCCAGGCUCGUUCCCAAUUUCAGGCUCGGUGCUGCUGACUGGAGGCACGAUUGCGUGCACGUUUGGAGGAACAUGCGUUGUGGACAUUCAGUCCAACUCGACCAUUCGCUUGAGCGACAGCUCCCUCACCGUGACCGAAACAUCGCUGCGCUUCCGCGCGAAUGUGCGCUGGGAGAUUGUUUCAAACUCGUACAUUUACUUGCUGGGAACCCGUUCCUUGAGUGAGCUGCAGUUCUACUCGACAACCACCGUUCUGAACAGCCGUACCACGGCCUCGCGAGUGGUCUUUAGCAGUUACACGGCGCAAAUCGUCAACUAUGGCAGUCUUGUUGUGCAGCUCCUCUCUUGCCCGUCGUUCACCUACCUGUCGGCUCCGCUGAUCAAUUACGGCACCAUUCUUAUGCAGUCUGUCAACCUGACUUGCGCCACCCAUACUCUCACGCAGGAUGGGCCUGUUUCACACUAUGGCGAGUUCUUCUUCAACACUUCGAGCAAUGGCAACCUGCCGGUGACGAUAAACCUGAAUGCGGGCUUGACGACAUGGCCCGGCAGCGUGAUGGCUGGCGAUGUUGGGACGAUGCAAUUGCAGGGCACCGCUCCGUACAGCAUCCAGGGUGCGUUCUUCGGAACCAUCAAGUCCAACUUGACUGGCAGCACUCCGUACGCCUCGUCGAUCGCGUCCAUCGCUACGUCGGCCUCCACUCUCACUUGGCAGCCAACGACAAUGAAUCUCGCCGCCAUCACGCAAACGAGUGGCGUCGCGCAAUUCUUGCCCUGCGAUGGUGUUGGGUCGUAUGUGUGCUACCGAUCGAUUGCAACCAUCGCUGCCAGUGGCUCAGCCUCUCAGCUCUAUGUAAAUUCCAACAUGACGGCUCUGGGCGAUUUCCAGCCAUCCCUCCAGCUGACUAGUGGGGCUCGCUUGCUCAUCUCGGGCAGCCUUACCCUCACCAAGCCCUUCCUCUUCAGGGGUGCCACUCUCACCCGCAUGACUGGCGCUUCCAUGUCGUCCUCCAUCUUGCUCAUGGCAAAUGGCACGGUUGAUCUGACGGCUACCCUCGUGACGGAUGUGCCCGUCACCUUUGCCGACCGUGUCUCGAUCUUGGCUUCCACAACAAACGCCUUCAUGUACACCACGGCGCAGCCAGCUCGAUACAUUUUUGCAUCGUCGAGCAAAACGACGGUUUUGCAGUCGAUUGCCAACCCUUCGACCUACUACUGGUACGCGUCCGAUUUUACCGUUCCUUCCUAUCUGGUUUACGGCGAGCUCAACAUCACGUACACUGUUUGCGGGGCAAACUUCCGUGCUGCCAGCAACGUGCUGAACGCCGGUCGACUUCUCAUCCAAUCAACGGCAAGCGGCUGCUCCACGCCCUACGCGAUCAAUUUCGGCGAUGGCGUGCUGACCAAUCUGGGCAGUAUUACCGUGGAUACCGCGACCGUGCCGAGCUUCUCGGCGGUCUCUGUGGCCUCCUUGCAAUCGAGCGACAACUCCACCCUGUUUGCGAACGCCAACAUUACAACUCUGACGAUUUCAAGCUCGUCGUACAUUGGUGGCGUCGGACCCUCCUUUAAGGUCGGCACCCUUGACGUUCGAGCGACAACGGUGGUCAAUUCGUCACAAUUGGCCGUCACGAGCAUCAGCACCUCCAGCACGUUGACCCUGAGUGCGUGCGGCCGCCUGUUCUCCUAUGCCUGCUACUCGUCGUGGCGCAGUCUUUUGGCUUCAGGCUUUGGCUCUGCAGUGUCGUUGGUGCAGGAGCUCCUUGACGUUGCACAGCCAAGCAUUACUGUGCAAGCAGGCGUUGUCACCUUGCUCGGAACGAAUAUCACGCUACUUCGUCCUGUCACGCUGACGGGCGGCGCCCUGGUUGGAUCGACCAACGUGAGUGCGCAAACGGUCGUCACCUUGUAUGCUCCCAACAAUGUGCUCCAGGCAUCGGCAACCGUCUCGCUGCAGUCGCUUGUUGUUCGAGUCGCCGGAGGACUGGCAUGGACCUGGACGACCAGUCUGGUCCAGCUGCUUGGCGCAUCAAACCUUGCUUCGUUGGUCGUUCUCGAGACGGGCAGCAUUCUGAUUAACAGCUCAGUCACGGAAUCCUCCGCUGUUGCGUUUGGCAACAGUAUUGGCGCCAGCAACCUUCGACCUUGGGUGAACUUGGGAUCGAUGACCUUCCUUGCUGCCGUGUGCAACGCCAAGUUUAUCACCUCCGCCACGCUCAUCAACUCCGGGCUCAUUCAAUUCCAGACGGCCUCAGCGACUCCUUGCGUCGACUCGAUUGUGCUGGACUUCCGCAUGGCUCUCAAUAAUUUUGGCCAGAUUGUCACGGACAAGACGCUCAUUCCUCGAUUUGCCCCUAGCUCGGGCAUGAACAGCAUGAUUCUCUACCCAGGAUCGUCCUUUACUGGUAGUUUCUCCGACUUGCAGCUGACCUCGUUUUCGGACACCAACAUGAUUGGUGGAACCCUUCCAUCGAUCGACCGCCUCACCUCGUCAGGAACGCUGAUUGUCACAAGCAACACCUGCCCCGUUGCUCGCUUUGUGGUCCGCUCGACGGCCAAGCUCAUUCUCGGCCCGUGCUCGACGGCCUACUUUAACACGAGCAGCGUGAACUUCACGUUGGCGGCGGAGACAGCCUUUGCCUGCUAUUCUGGUGUGACGGAUGUGAGUGUGCUUGAGCAGAGUACUGUCCAGCUGCACCAAAACCUGUCCGUGUACUUGCAGCCAACGUGGACUUUCGGAAGCUCCUCUCAAGCCACGCUUGCCCUCUGGGGCGUGGUGAACAUGACUCGGCCGGUUCAAUUCAACGGCCUCGUCGUCACCCUGCUGUCUGGUGCGCCAGAGUCUGCGACCCUCAAUCUGCUCGCACCAGUCACCAUCACCCGGACCAUGCUGAUUUACGACACCCACGUUGCCUUUGCCCAGCCCGUCAACAUUAGCAUGCCUGCGAGCACUCAAGUGAUGGUGGCCCAAGGAAAUCUGUUUUUGACUGGCACGCUGGUUCACUUCCUGCCCUCUUGCACGGUGCAGUUCAACGCCACAUUGCCGCUCGGCUCGCCGCAAUUGUUCUACACCUACGUCAAUGCUCAAAUCCUGAACGAAGGCACCAUCAACAUUAACAUGAUUUCGUGUCCGUCGUUUUUCGCCAUUGGCAGCCUGGUCAAUUCGGGCGUGCUGUCAGUGACGGGAAAUGCGAGUUGCUUGCAGAGGCACUCUGUCAACUUUGACAGCUACGUUAUCAACACGGGCGCCAUCCGACUGGACGAGGUCUCCUUCCCGGUGUCCAGCUUGUUGUUGCACGGCUAUUCGUCGACCAACGCAGCCUCGUUCCGCACAAACGCGCUCACGACGAUCAACUAUGCGGUAAUCGUGCAGACUGCCUACCCGACCACCGACUCGCUCAUCUCUGGCGUUUUCACCGUCGGACCGCAGAGCACCGUGACGUUCAGUUCCGACACGGUCGUGGAUGACGUUUCGCACGUCCAAAUCAGCCAGCUCAUCAUUUCGUCCUCAUUUGGAAACAAUUCGCUCGGUUCUUGCUUCCCUGCGGAUUCAACGGACUGCUGGGAAAUUUCCGCGCUCACCAUUCAGCAGUCGACCGUCGCCUACGCGACUGCUAACGUGCUGGCCCGGCUCACAAACGGUCUCUUGCUGCUUACGGACGCUACCCUUGCUCUGUUCGAGCCAGUUGUCACCGUCAAUACGAACAUCACAUGGGCUGGUGGCUCCAUUAAGGGCCUCGGUGGCAUGGCAUCCACGCUGAACGCCAACGGUCCUUUCACCAAGCUCGACAAUGCCAACAUGCAGCUCCGAGACGUGACACUUGUGAUUAACAGCGCUUCAGCCACCUGGUUUGUGCGCGACGUGUACGCCUUGUCCGUUUCCACAUCCUCGGCAUCACUCCGAGGCGGUGUUGUGCUUGGCUCUGGAGCCUCCCUCGCGUUUGUGCCAGGAGCCAGCGUUACUGUGGGUGCCACCACCGUGUUCCAGGUGCUCAGCAACACUGCAGCGUACGCGACGGUGGAUUUCCAAAAUGCGGGCGCGAUUGACACCAGUGCCCUCUCUGGAGCUCUGGCUCUACGCUUUGGCGUCCCGAUUGUGAACAACGGCACCCUGUCGCUGCCUGGCUCGCUGUUUGUGCCAAUUUGCCUGAACGAGUGCUUUUGCAACUCAAUCACUGCGGCAACUCCCCGCGCCGCCUGCCCAUUCUCGGUUCGCCUCGGGUGCCGCGCAUGCUCGUCCUUCUGUCUCUCGAGCGAGUAUUUGCUCGACGGCAGCUGCGUGAGCUCUUGUCCCGCACCCAUGGUGGUGGACAACAGCACGUGCGCCAGCUCUUGCUCCACUCCCGGCGCCCUGAUUGAUCCCAUCACCCGGCACUGCUAUGUUGGCACGUGUGACGCUGGGGAGUUUUUCAACGCGGGCACUUGCACGCCUUGCGGAGCUGGCUGUGCCACAUGCAGCUCGGCUGCCAGCUGCGACACUUGUCAGCCCUCCGAUGUCUUGUACGCAGGCGCUUGCUUGGACGGCUGCCCUCCCGGCCUUGUCGAGUAUAAUGGCGCGUGCCUCACGCAAUGUCCAUCGGGUCUUUUCAGCUACAAUGCAAGUUGCGUCUCGUGCAGCGCUUUGGGGCUGCCGAUUUAUCUCCCCACAAGUUCUUGUGUCGAGACCUGCCCAGCCCAAUGGGUCAAUAACGGCACCUACUGCGAAGCUUGCAGCGCGGGCUGCUUGGUUUGCGACUCGGCCACAACAUGCACUCAGUGCUCGGCACCAAAGCUUCUGUACGAGGGAAUCUGCUACAAUGACUGUCCUGACGGAACGUACGCCAACUCUGGCUCCUGUCUGCCAUGCAGUGCAAACUGUGCCCUUUGCAAGGUGUCGGAUGUGUGCGAUUCUUGUCUGCCCUCCUACAGUCGCUUGGAGGGUGGCUGCGUGCUCGAGUGCCCUCUGCCGUACGUUACCAACGGCACUGAUUGCGUGGUGCCUCGCUGCGCCGAUGGGACCUACCGCCUGGGCACCAACUGUGUCAUUGCAUGCCCUAGUGGCAUGUAUGGGGAUGCGGCUACGGCCACCUGUGAAUUCUGCAUCUCGUCUUGCGAGGUGUGCUCGAAUGGGAUGGUUUGUGAUGUUUGCAACCCGGGCUUCCUCCACCAACUCGACGGCAGUUGCAAGGACGCUUGUCUCGUGUACCAGUUCCACUUUGAGGGCGCUUGCUACGAAACUUGCCCCGCGGGUACCUUCCUGAUCAACGACACCAUCUGUGUUUCCAGUUGCCCGCCUCCCACGUUUGCCGAAGGCACAAACUGCAUUCUGUCUGGCUGCGCUCCUGGCACCUACUACUUUGAGUCUGACUGCUUGGCUUCCUGCCCGCCUGGCACGUAUCCGUACGAUGCAACCUUCACUUGUCAACCUUGCUCGGCUGGCUGUGCAGAGUGCUUUGUUGGCACCGAGUGCAGCGACUGCAACCCGGGUUUCCUUCUCGAAAGCAAUGGUACUUGCACUGAUGCCUGCACAGUGUACAGCUACCAGUUUGAAGGCUUGUGCUACGAAUCGUGCCCUCCCGACACCUUUUUGAUUGACACCACGACUUGCGUCUCCAGCUGCCCUGCCGGCACCUAUGGCAAUGUGGCCGACAACACUUGCGAGCCGUGCCAUACCAGUUGCUCGACGUGCGACUCGUCUGCCUUCGACGGCUGCACGAGCUGCCCGCCCAAUCACGUGCUCACAGUGGACCACACGUGCAUAGCCGGGUGUCCGCCAACUCAGUUUGCUUCCGACCACGGCUGCGUUGAUGCCUGCGAUGUCGGCGAAUUCCAGGUGCAAACCGCAAACGGCGGCAUCUGUGCCGACUCGUGCAACCCGGAGGGUGUGACACCCAUUUCAUGCACUCCUGUUUGUGGCAGUCACCAGAGGCCGGCUGGUCAGUUCUGUUUGGGUAAGUGA